UGUCUGCUAAAUUGAGAUAGUUUCGUAUCAUAUUAGUCAGUGAAAUCUUGUAUAUUUGCGUCUGAAUUAGAAAUGUACAUCUACGAUGCAAUACUCAUUCUAUUAAUUGUUUUCCAUAUGGUCAAUGGUAAUCAAGAAGAUGAAAAUAAACCACCACAGUCAAUCAAUGAAACCAGCUUGAAGUUUCUCUAUUCCAAUUCAUAUCUUGGAAACGAUAAACAAAUUCCAAUAGAAUAUGGUAAUGAAACAAGUAUACUUGAGUACUGGAUACAAGAUUUACCAUUGAAAGUUACUACUCACGGAUGGCUUUCAUCUGGUGAAAACUACACUGGAGUAUUUACCAUUAACACCGCAUAUGUCGACAUCGGUGGGUUCAAUGUGAUCUGUGUGGAUUGGAGUAGUAUUGCAGAUGAUCCUUUGUAUCCAGUUCCCGCAUACUUGACCAGAGCUGUCGGUUCUGCAAUAGCUGCAUUUUUGGACCGUUUAGUGGAUUCCACAGGAAUAAAUUCAUCAGAUAUACAUUUAAUAGGCCACAGUCUUGGUGCCCACGUUGUAGGGUCGUGUGGUUCUAAUUUUAAAUCGGGAAAAAUCGGCAGGAUUACAGGUUUAGAUCCAGCCGCGCCCGGAUACGAGAUCAUAUCCAUUAAUUUACCACACUUGAGCAAAAAAGAUGCUCUGUUUGUCGACAUUAUCCACACUUCAGGAGGGACUAUUGGCUACCAUAAAAGUAUCGGCCACGCUGACUUCUUCCCCAACUCCGGAUCAGCGCCUCAACCAGGAUGCUUUUCAUUAUUCAAAUUACUAGAUUUCAUGCAUUGUAGCCAUUCAAGAUCGUAUGAACUUUAUGCAGAAUCCGUGUAUAAUUCUUUUGCUGCGAAAAAAUGUCCCUCAUGGGAUGAUUAUAAAUGUAACAAGUGUGAAAAUAACACUCUAGAGUUUAUGGGACACAACGCAUCACCCAGUGCAAGAGGUGAUUUCUUCUUGAAGACUGAAAGCGCCAGACCUCAUAAUACCAAUGUAUAAUAUAUUUUAUUGUACCUAUUCAUUAGAAACAUAUAAAUCG